UUAGCAACUCCGCAUAUUAGCACUUCAACUUAUUCAAAUUAUGUUUAGUAGAUCGCUUGCUGCUUGAUUUUGAAUAUAUAAAUUUAUUUUUGACGAAUUAAUCAAAUGGCAGGCAAGAAGAAAGAAGCGAGUCUGCAGGCGUCUAUCACAAAUCAAGAACAGUGGGAGGAGAUGCUUGCAACCAAAGGUUUAACAGUUGUGGAUGUAAACCAGCAGUGGUGUGGUCCCUGUCGAGCUGUGGUUAGUCUGCUACGAAAAAUAAAGAACGAACUGGGUGAUGAACUAUUACAUUUUGCCACAGCCGAGGCAGACAGCAUCGAUGCUUUGGAGAAGUAUCGAGGGAAAUGUGAGCCCACUUUCCUCUUCCAUGGGGGUGGGGAGCUGGUGGCUGUGUUGCGGGGGGCCAACGCUCCUCUGCUUCAAAAGAUGAUUGUAGAGGAACUGGCCAAGGAGAAGUCGGUCCUGGAGCAAGGUGCUGAACGCAAAGUGGUUAAAGACGAUGGUCUGGUGAACGAUGAGAGGAAAGAAGAAGAGGAGGCGCCUCAGCAGUCAGAAAAUGAAGAAAGCAUAAUCGUUCAUGCAAGUAAAUCCUACACAGUUGCCAUCAUCAAACCAGAUGCUGUUGCUCACGGCAAGGCAAAUGAGAUCAUUAUGAAGAUUCAAGAUGCUGGGUUUGAGAUCCUGGCCCAUGAGGAACGCACGCUGACCGAGGUUGAAGCUCAAGAUUUUUACCAGCACAAGGCAGCAGAGGCUUGCUUUGAGGACUUGGUGCAGUUUAUGUCCAGUGGUCCCUCCCAUAUUCUGGUACUGUCUGAGGCAGAGGGCUCCGCCAAUGUUGUACCAGCAUGGUGUGAGUUCAUUGGCCCAGCAGACAUAGAGGAAGCCAGGAGAGAAAAGCCAGAAAGCUUGCGGGCACAAUACGGCACACAGACACUGUUCAACGCAGUGCACGGUAGUGAGGACAGCGACCAGGCCAGCAGGGAGCUCGCCUUCUUCUUCCCCAACUUUAGGACGGCCUCAGUAACGGAGCAGGAUGGGGAGGAAGACCAUGUGGAGAGGACACUGGCUCUUAUCCGGCCUGACAUUGCCAGAGAGAACAGAGAAGACAUCCUGGCCCAAAUCCACAAGUCAGGUUUCACAGUGGCCCUCCAAAGAGAGGUGAUGUUGACAGAGGAGCAGGUCAGACAGUUUUACUUCCAACAUGUUGACGCAGACUACUUCCCUGCUCUGCUAAGAAGCAUGACCAGUGGGCCUGUGCUAGCUUUGGCUCUAGCCAGAAGAGAGGCUGUCCAUCACUGGAAGAACAUCCUUGGUCCUUCUGAUGUAAAUAAAGCCAAAGAGGAGAGUCCUGCUUGUCUAAGGGCCCAGUUUUCUGUGGAGAAUGAGCCAAUCAACCAGCUACAUGGCAGUGCAAGCCAUGAAGAGGCAGAACGAGAGAUCAACUUCUUCUUCCCUAAACAGCGGACACUGGCAGUGAUCAAACCUGAUGCCAUGGAGGAACAGAGAGAGAACAUUUUGGAGGAGAUCCAUGCCAACGGUUUCUCUGUAACACAGCUGAAGGAAACGGUGCUGUCGAGGGAAAUGGCUGAAGAGUUUUACAAAGAACACAGGGAGAAGCCUUUCUUCAGCCAGCUGGUGGAAUUCAUGUGUCGGGGGCCCUGUAUGAUGCUUGUCCUGAGUAAGGAAAAUGCAGUGGAGGAGUGGAGGGCCAUGAUGGGCCCCACAGACCCUGACCAAGCUAAGGUGACAUGCCCAAAGUCUCUGAGGGCCCGGUUUGCCUCCGACCUCCUCCACAACUCAGUCCACGGUGCCUCAAAUGAGCAGCACGCAGAGGAAAAGAUACGUUUUAUCUUCGGUGACAUCUGCUCAAAUGCAGAGCUCACUGGUGAUGGAGAGUCUGACAGAACCAUUUCAGCAAAAGAGCAAGACAAUUCUGCAUAUGAAAACACAGAAAUAUCAAGAUCUCCAACUGAGGAAAUGUCUGACAACCAUCACCAACAACAUGAAGGUAUGCAAGGUGACCCGUAGUUCGAAUCCUUGCAGUCCAGGAGAGAGUGAUGAUCCAGAACACUCAAACUGAAUCAGCACACCUCAUAUUUUCUGUUUUAUUAUUGGCUCUUUCUGCAACGUUAUGGCUACAACACAAUGUCGUUCUAUGAAUGUAAACAACACAAAUAUAUCUGACAUUUCUACCUUUUAUUGGUGGUAUUUUGAGACCACAUAUUCCUGAGCCAGUGAAAAGGACUACUUGUAGACAGUGGAAUGAGCUCUCUUAAUACUGAUCACGAUCUUGGCUCGCAACUGCAGCUGUAGGGUACAUGACUAAGAACAGGGUCAUACACAACAAAACAGCUGAUAAUUUCAGUGUUCACAGAAGACUGCUGAAACCAGAAAAAAAAAAAUAAUUUCACUGUCUGUUCAAUCUAUCUUGGAUUGUCUGCAAUAAAUGGUCGAUAUCGAAAUUUUAACUUCUAAAGUGCUGUGACAAUGAGAAAGAAUGAUUGGCCUCAAGUAUUCUUGGAUAUUUUUCCUGUUGACAAUGACAGGGUGGUUUCGUGAUUGAAAUUCUUGUGAGCUAGAGAAAACAUGAUGACCAGGAGUUCAGAUGUCUCAGGCAGAAGUAUUUAAUGUAAGCUUGGCGCCGAGGAGAAAAUGAUGAGCAGUACACGGUCAGCAUGUGAAUCAGAGUAUUGCCACAUCAAGUUCUGAAAAUAUCUUGUCUGUAUGGGUGUAUAUAUUCCCAAGUCUCACAUGGCUGCAACAUCUCACCACACCUUAAGGUUAAACUUUUUCCUAAACAUUCAUGUGUGAGGAUGCUAUUGGUCACCAAAAUCCAGUCAUAUGUUCUUACCUAACUAAUAUAACUAAUUAAUAUUUAUUUGUGUCUUGUCCUUUCCCCCCAUUUAGCUUAACAACUAGAUUUGAACAAUAUUUUAUAGUCUGUGCUUUCUAUCUAUAAGACUCAGUACCCUGGCUACAGAUGAUAGCAGUGGCUCCAUCUAGACACAAACAGUCAUAAUAGAAGCUAAACAAAUAUCUAACAAUGUACUGUAAAGGUUGUUAUGGCCUGAACAAGAGGAGCACUGGAGUGAGAAAAAUCUCCCUCACAAGCUUAACAACUGAAGACAAAUUGCUCUAGUGUUGAAUUAGCCAUGUGAAUGUUGAGGAUAACCACCUUAAACAGUGGGAAGAAGAGGUAAGUGAACCCUUUGGAUUUACCUGCAUUUAUGUAUACAUCUGUCUCAGGAUAAUGGUCAGAGCUUAUUAUGAACACGAUAUAUUUGAACUAAUAACAUUCAAAUAAUUGUAUUGUUCUUGCCUAUAUUGAAAAAAGUAUUCAAACAUUCACAGAAUAGGUUGGAAAAAGUAUGUGAACCCCUCAGCUAAUGAUGUUAAAAAAAAAAGCUAACUGGAGUCCCGAGUUAUAAAACCUGGAGUCCAAUUAAUGAAAUCAGAUUGGUGUGAGUUAGAGCUACUUGGUCUUAGAAAAAAAAAACAAACCCACACAAACACUUUAAGAGUUUGCUUUUCACAAGAAACUUCUGUGAACCAUGCCUCAAAAAGAAGAUCUCAAAAGACAUGAUCAAGAAUUG